CGAGAAGUUCGGAUUAUCCGAAGUUGGCUUAACCAAAGAAUACUAACACACCUAGUCCUAGUCCUAGUAUUCUUUAUUCUUUGGCUUAACUAAUAAUUCAAAGAGAACGGAAGUAAUUGCUGAUAUAUUAUACAAAGUGCUGUUAACAAAAAGAAGGAAAAAUUAAGGAAGUUGGAUUUGCCUCAGGCCCGGAUGUUCCUAAAAACGAGUUUUCGUCUGCCGAGCGCAUGACGUCACUCACAGAGUAAUCGCUGGCGAGAUAUAAGGAAACCAAUAUAAAUAACGUCAAACUUCUCUUAUUUUAUUCAAAUUACAAAAGGCAUCAGAGACCUAUUCAACGUCAUCGCCGAUGGAAAUUACCCCUCAUGGACCACUUAUGUUCAAAUCAUGACCCCAGAACAAGCACAACGAUCGCCAUUCGAUCCUUUCGACUUGACCAAGGUUUGGCCCCAAGCCGAAUAUCCUCUCAUCAAGUUGGGUAAAGUAGUCCUCAAUCGUAAUCCCAAAAACUACUUCAUCGAUGUCGAGCAGAUCGCCUUCAGCCGAUCUUGCAUGGUGCCCGGAAUCGAAGCCUCCCAAGACAAGAUGUUACAAGGACGUCUUUUCACUUACAGCGACACUCACAGACACCAUUUGGCUUUGGGUCCCAACCAUUUGCAAUUGUCAGUCAACUGUUCCUUCGCUGUCCGUAACCACCAGAGAUACGGGUUCAUGAACACUAGUCAAGGUGGUGCCCCCAACUAUUUCAUUAACAGUUUUAGCGGUCCAGUAUGUGACAAAGUCACUCAACAUCUCGAACCAGCAUUUACUGUUUUUGGAGAAGCUUACAGAUCUACGACCCCUAACGCUGACGAUUGAGCAUCCAGACCCUGAGCCAAGGAACGAUGCCAUCGAAGAACUUCAUCACAAUACGGAAGAACAAGCAGAAUAUGUACCGGGGCCCAUCACCACCUAAGAAUCACAGCUAAGACCUUCUAAAAGACAGCGGCUCAUAUAAUUUUGUAUUAGAAUUUGCAAUAUUAAUAAUCUCACACUUGGGUGUGAGAUACCCAUCGCCACACUUAACUGCAUGUAGCUUGCGCAGCUGCAUUUCAAUGGUAAUGCUGCUUUAUGUAAAUUCAGUCUCAGUCUCUAGUCUGCCAAGGACGGGUGUGUAGUUGCGGUCUCAUUUGAGCAAUAUUUCCAAUCACGAGAAUUUAUUGAAUACAGGCUAGGGUAUGUAGCACCCAUGUGUGAGGUUUGCGAUCCGGAUCAAGUGUGCGUUCAAGUUAAUGACCUAACAACACAACAUCCCACAAAUUUAGUAAAGAAAACUAGGUGUUAUUUCUGCAAAGGCAAAGAUGGAAAAGCUAAGCGUGCAUGCUCGGCUUGCUAUAAAGCAUAAUGCAUGGAGCAUAGAGCCACACUGUCUUAUGAUUGUAGUUACUAAAAUGAGUGAAACUGAAAUCCUGGCUAAGAAUGAAUAUGAGUUCUAUAAUCAAAAGAUGUUAUAUUUUAGUUAGAAAGACCAUUUUGUUGUUAAAUUAAAUUAAAAUAUUUUGAAUUAUGUUUCCGGUUUUUUAGAAAAUGUUUUUUAAUUAUUUUUAGGUAUUUUUAAUAUUUUGUUCUUUUGUGUUACUACAAUUAAGAGAGAGAAAAUAAAAUUAUUGAUUUAAUUA